UUUCGUCUUUUACUUUUCAGACUGCAGCUGGGGCAUUAACACAACGAAAACAACAAACAACAUGAAAACUUUUCUGAGAAAUUAAUCUCGUGUUGUGUGGUAUAGCAUUGUGUAUGCUUCGUGCAACUUGUACCAGUACAACAAAUAAUAUUCCCAUAUCAAAACAGAAGAUCCAAGAAAAUUUCGCAAAUAAAGUUCUGUAUGUGCAAGAUAUGAGGUAUCCCGGAGCGACCCUCUAAUUUACAGAGAAUUAUUUAAAAAAAAGAAAAUUCACAUUUCUCCAAAGUAUAUGCCAUAAAAAUGAAGAAUAAUAUUUCGUUGCUGUUGGAGCAUGGAAAAUAACAGCAAUUUUUAACAUCUCAUAUCCCUUCGUCGACUAUAGUUAUUACGAAUCAAAUUUCGUUGAAAAUCGAAAAACAAAACAAAAUGAUUGAUCCGGAGGAACUACACCAAUUCAACGGCAAAAGCUUUCAUCUAUUGAACAGCGAACAGAACAUAUCCGACCGAUACAAUGAAUAUUCGAUGAACCCCACGGAUAUGCCGUACGAUGAUGAUAUCUACUACGAGGACAUGUACUGCUUGAACGUAAAUAUGAAUAACAUGUCUUACUUGAACAUUUCGUGUGAGACAAAUCUUAGCUACUCGGUACCGUUGUAUGGAUAUUUUGCCCCAUUCCUGCUUUUUACUACCGUUACGGCCAACACGUUAAUUGUUUUGGUUUUGAGCAAACGAAAUAUGGCCACCCCAACGAAUCUUGUGCUAAUGGCAAUGGCCUUAUGCGACAUGUUUACUAUAUUAUUUCCUGCUCCGGGGCUGUGGUACAUGUACACAUUUGGAAAUCAUUACAAGCCGCUGGCACCCAUAUCAGCGUGUUAUGCGUGGAAUGUCUUUAAUGAGGUUGUUCCAGCUACUUUUCAUACAGCCUCGAUAUGGUUAACAUUGGCAUUAGCUGUGCAAAGGUAUAUUUAUGUUUGUCAUGCUCCAGUUGCCCGUACAUGGUGCACCAUGCCAAGAGUUAGAAAAUGUAUUUUCUAUAUUUGCCUAGCAGCUGUUUUACAUCAGAGCACAAAGUUCUUUGAUAGAUCCUACACUCCCGUUGAAAUCGAUUUCAACAAUGAAACAACAACCGUUUGUCACAUCAGUAUAGCAGAUUGGGUGGAUAAGUACAUCGGAGACGAUCUAUAUUUCAGUUCAUAUUAUUUAUUUCGCAUCGUAUUCGUGCACUUAGUGCCAUGUGUAAGUCUCGUCACAUUAAACAUUUUAUUGUUCAAAGCAAUGAAACAAGCCCAAGAUCGACGGAAAAUUCUGUUCCGAGAAAAUCGCAAAAAGGAAUGCAAAAAACUGCGUGACGCUAAUUGUACCACAUUGAUGCUGAUUGUGGUGGUCACGGUAUUUCUAAUUGUCGAAAUACCAUUGGCAGUUAUAUCAGCGCUGCAUAUCAUAUCAUCGGCAAUAAUCGAAUUUCUCGACUAUCGCGUGGCAAAUCUAUUUAUCCUGUUCGCCAAUUUCUUUCUAAUGGUUAGCUAUCCAAUUAAUUUUGCAAUUUAUUGCGGCAUGUCCCGACAAUUUCGUGAAACAUUUAAAGAAAUAUUCAUUCGACGUGCCGUUUCGGGUAAAAAGGACAAUUCAUCCCGCUAUUCGCUGGUAAAUGGACCACGAACGUGCACGAAUGAAACGGUUUUAUAGUUAUCGUCCGCACCACAAGACGAUACUGUGCGAGAUGGCUUGGGCGUCUCGUUUAGUUAUACAUAACUUAAAAAUUUUAAUUUUAAUUUCAGAAAUUAAUUCAAUGUUACGUAACGUUUAAUACAGGCUUUCAAGUGAACAUUAAAAUAUUCUCUCUCGAUUCGUAUAAAAGGUUCUUGAUAUCAAAAUCAAAAUCGUAAUUUCAUGUUUUAUGUGAAGUUUUAGUAAUUAAACAUCGGUCUUUAUAUUUGUGCGUAUAUCUAAUAUGGAUGGAUAUGUUAAAGGGUACAUGGUGUGGAUAUACCUAUUAGUCCGGUUGCAUAUGUCAUUCCGCUGGCCCUGCAUUUUUUUUGGACCUAUUUUGAUAGCGCAUUUUAUUUGUGGUGGAACUAAGUAUGGAACUAAAUUUUUUUAUGAAAAAUGGAAAAUCGCUUUUCCGGCCAGAAAAGCCAUUUAUAUGAAAAAUAAAAAGAAAAAUAUCUUCCGAUGGAACGAGUCUUCUUCAAUUCUUCUUCAAGAGUGAUGCAAUACCGACAUUUGUGGAGGAAUUUUUUCUUGGAAGAGACAAAAUGGCGUCCGUAUUGGCACUUUCCCAAAAAGUUUCAUAGAAUGGUAUAAGUAAACUCUAUUGAAUUCCAAUUCGAGCUUGCAUCGUUAUGUGGUUCUCAAGAUAUGAGCCAGAUUCCCUUCCACGUAUCUUUAAGUUAUCUUUUUUAUGUUUUCCUGCGUGUUAUUUUUGCGAUAUUCUCAAAAUAAAUCACAAUUUUUAAAGUGCCGUUCCGUAAGCAAUAUUUUUCAUGCCAGUACUGGUUGAUUGUCUCUUCCCAGUUCUAGAACCAACAGAUUUAACGUGUCUUACAAAAUUUCUUUUUCGUUUUCUUCUGGAAAAAUGCAAUUAUUCAGGUCACCAGAGGUCGCCUCGUGUGAGUUGAUCAUUCUCCAUCAUAGGUGUUGAUUCCUACAUCUUCCCAGUUCUGGAACCUAGAGAUGUAACGAAUUUUUGAUUAACUUCUGGAACUGUUUCAUAAACAGACGUCACAAUCAAGGUCAUCAGAGAUCAGGUCCUAUGAGUUGAUCACUCGUCUUCAUAGAAAUUGACUGGUACAUCUUCCCAGUUGUAGAACUUUAAGAUUCAACAAAUUUUUAACGGACUUCUUGC